AUGGCAAGAAUCUUCCUCACCGGAGCCACUGGCUACAUCGGCGGCGACGCGCUGCAUGCACUGUACAGAGCCCAUCCGGAGUACCAAAUCUCGGCGCUAGUGCGCGACCCGGCGAAGAGCGCGGACGUUUUCGCGAAGGAGUACCCCAACGUCCGCAUCGUACAGGGCAGCCUCGAUGACGGCGAUCUUGUCGCCGAUGAGGCGGCUAAGGCAGAUGUUGUUUUGAAUCUGGCGGCUACGAGCCACCUGCCCAGCGUGAAAUCCAUCCACCAGGGCUUGAAGAAGGCGAGCACCAGCCGUAGCGGCAAGCCUGCACACUGGCUCCAGAUCUCCGGCGCAACCGUCCUCGCGUGCGGCGAGAUCGCAUCCAAGACGUUCGGCGAGCCGUCAGACAAGGUCUACCACGACCUCGACAGCGGCGAGAUCUGGGCGCAGGUCAAGAAAUACCCCAGCCGCGCCGUCGACAACUACAUCCACGACGUCGCGACGCAAGACGCCGGCACAGUAAACACAGCGCUGCUCGUCGGCCCCAUCAUAUUCGGCGCGGGCCGGGGGCCGGGGAACAGGCGCAGCAUCCAGAUCCCGGAGCUGGCGCGCACGGCCAUCGAGCGCCGCAGGGCGUGGCAGGUGGGCCGCGGGCUCAGCGUGUGGGAUCACGUGCACGUGCGGGAUCUGAGCGGCAUCACGCUGCGCUUGGUGGAGAGGGCGGUGACGGGUGGCGGCGAUCAGAGUGGGUUGUGGGGUGAGGACGGCGCGUAUUUCGCUGGUGUUGGACAUCUUGCGUUUGCAGACAUCUCCCGCCGCAUCGCAGCGGCGGCGUACGCCCUCGGCCUCGCUGACUCGCCUGAUGCCGUCGAUGCCCUCCCGCCCGCCGAGGCGGACAAGUUGGUCGGCCACGCAAGUAUCCUCCUGGGCACGAAUGCGCGCUGCGAUGCCAGGCGUGCAGUUGAGAAACUCGGGUGGAGCCCGAAGGAGCAGAGUUUGGAGCAGGCGAUUGAGGAGACUGUGCGAGAUGAGGCUGGGAAGGUGGGAAAGGCAGGAUUGUAG